UUCGAAAGAUGAGAUGGGGCUAUCUCCCUUUUCAAUAAUGACAUCCCUGAUUACGUGGCAACCUGGGGUUGCAGGCUUGCCUCCCCCAAAUGGGUUACGCCAAAAACAAAAAGCAACAAUCUAAGCGGCAACGCCGCGGCUUAUUUUUCCGUAACUACUCGAAUUCCACUGCCGGUACCACUCAGUCAGCUCAGUCCCACUCACUCACUUCACGCUCAACGCGUCAACCUCAGGUAUCUUCUAUUGCCGAUUUUCCGGCGAAAUUAUAGCGAUUUUAACCUGAAUUUAGCAGCAUGCCGCCGGAAGAAACAGUUUCCAAAUCACCUCUGGACAAACCUCUCCACCUGCUUACUGAUGACGACAUUUCUCAGCUCACUCGCGAAGAUUGCCGCCGUUACCUUAAAGAAAAAGGAAUGAGAAGGCCAUCAUGGAAUAAAUCACAGGCGAUUCAGCAGGUGAUUUCACUGAAGGCGCUUCUCGAGACGACGCCGGAUUCUGACACCAGCCCUCGGAGAAAACUUCACAUUCCUCGCCCAGACACUAGAGUACAACAAGUCCAGAAAGGAACGGAUACCGAUGCAGGAUUUUCGGAAUCGGCUGAAGGGACGGUGCCAUACGGAAGAAAACAUCCGAAAAAACCUGAUAUUCCAGGUGAUAUAGCUGCCGGUUCAGUUGCCGUUGCCGCCGGCAAUAACUUAGCUCCUUCUAGAACCACAGAUUUGGGAAACACACCAGCAAGUCAAUUGACAAUCUUCUAUUGUGGCAAGGUGAAUGUGUACGAUGAUGUGCCCGCUGAAAAGGCACAAGCAAUCAUGCAUCUUGCUGCAACUCCACUCUGCAUGCCUUCAGAAACUCCACUGGGUGCUACCUUAGCAGCUCGACACUCCGAAUGCCGUUUGCAAGCUUCAAGUGUUAAACUGGGUCCAGAUUCUGGUAUGGUGCUCAUGCCAACCAUGCAAACAGGUUCUAUCUUGUUUCUUGCUGUCAAAGCAAUCUACUUCUCCAUAAAUUUCUUUCUUAUAUCUUUCUCUCUCUCCCAUCCCUCAAAAACCAAUUAUGCAGAAGCAGUGGAAGGCCACCCAAGCAGGAAAGCAUCAGUACAAAGAUAUCUUGAGAAGCGGAAAGACAGGUUCAAGAGCAAGAGAAAGAUAGGAAUGUCUUCGUCUGCUAGCUCGGACAUCUAUGUGAACCAUCAAACUGGAAAUCAUACCCUUAAUGAGCUCUCAAGUAGGAGCAACACUUGUUCCCCUCCCACAAUUAGACUAUCUGCUGCACGUGCUCCAACUGGUAUAAUGACUAACAAUAUCGAAAUGAAUGCGAGAGUUUCUACUUUUCUCAAUGACAAAGAUGCCAAAGAGUGAAAACUGGAUGGCGGGGAACAGUAGCUGUCUAAUUUGCUUUCAUGCACCAGAAAGUCUGGGAGGUAACAUCUUUUCCAGCGUCCACAUAGUCGAAUGACGAGGAAACAGGGUGGGUUGUUCCUUGUGAAUCUGUGUCCAAAAGCACUUUGUAUUUAUGAUGUUGCCAUUCCUCAGGCAAACAUGAAGAGAAAACUAGUCGGGAAUAGUCAGUCCUCUGUGAUGCGAUGUUUUUGCUUUCAGAAUCUUCUGGAAAGCUUCUUCCUAAAAAUCCCACUUUAGGUAGGUGCAUUUUUCCUUUUGCUGGAAUUGGUUCUCAAGGAGCUAACGUGGAGCCCUGUAAUUAGUCUCUGUAACUUUCCACUCUAACAAAACAGUUAAUUGGCUGAACCCUGGAAGUACUUGGUUUACCAAGGCAAGUUCUCGUUUUA